AUGCCUUUCACGGGCCCGCCAUUGAGGCUGCUUCCUCAGGAUGCCUUGAGUUCCGGAAAGGUGCAAGAAGGCUUUUACACUAGGAUCUGGACUCUGACGAGGCCGCUGAUGGCUUCUGACCUUGUCGCGGUCGAGAAAUACGCACCGCUUGUAAGACAUUUGGGCGCCGAAGAACAAGGCUCCUUGCCGCCCUCGACCCACACUUAUAGACGUGACACAGUCUCACCGUAUGCAAUGUCGCACUUAGCGGAGUGUUACCCCCACCCUUGUCUAUUCCCCGGCAUUCGCAGGCUGGACUGGCGGGUGGUCAUGCGAGCUUUCUCGCCCACGGGGGUUGUAGGCCAGCAUUCAUGGGAAGACAUGCUCGUGUACGUCGGGCCCGAGCUGCGAGAGCUGUGCAUUAACGAUGGGGCCUGGACGCCCCCCACGGACUACACACUCGCAGCACUUGCGGAACUCCUGGAUACCGUCGGUAAACAAUUCAUUCAAGAACUCCAGCUCGGUCUUCCUGAUCGGUGGAAGCCAUGGGCCCGUCCUGUCGAUGGACAGCCACUCCUGUUCUCGUCGCUUACCACCAUAGAAAUCGCGGUGGCGAGCGCGCUAUCCUACAUCAGCUUCGCCAGAUCUGUUUCCCUGCCACAGGUGAAGUCAGCAACGCUGUGCCUCACUCCAUACCCGUCAGCGACCCAGCUCGAUGAUCUGUUCUCUGCUAUCGGCCAACAGUUCUCCCCUGACAGGCUGGUGCAACUGAGGAUAACCUCACUGGUGCCCGAUCCUUCCGUUGAUGUAACCCUCCGCCCCAUUGUUCUCUCGAGCCAUCUGCGAUCCCUGCUGCCCUUUCGCCGCAUGCAGCAAAUCACCAUUGAUGCAGACUGGGAGUGUGGUUACGACGACGACGACGUCCUGGGGGAAAUGGCUGAGGCAUGGCCAGGACUGCAGCGGAUGCUGCUUGUGGCGAGGGGAGAUUUGCAUGCACGGUCGUAUGCACGAUCGCACUCGCCCUCACGUGCUACACUGCGGUCUCUCAUCCCAUUUGCGACGUGCUGCAAGGACCUCAAGUUUCUCGGGAUCUGGUUGCACGCCGAUAUCAGAGCGGAUCACGAAGCGAUUGAGGCUGCUAUCGCGCAGGCGUCGCCAAAUCGACCUUCGCCGCCCUUGGAAAUCCUGAAAGUCAUGGACUCCACAAUCGAAGGACCGCCAGAGCGUAUCGCUCACUUCCUCUCUACUCUCUUCCCUAGUCUUCCCAUUAUCCUUGCAAAUGGAGCCGACGAGCACGUAGAACGGUGGAGGGAGGUAGAGAAGCUCCUGCCUGCCGCUCGCGUGCGACAUCGGUGA